GGCGGGGCGGGGGAGGGGCAGGUUUUCAUUCCUACCAUGGCUAUCUCACAGUUUCGGUUAUUUAAAGUUUGUACCUGCCUAGCAACAGUGUUCUCAUUCCUAAGGAGGUUAAUAUGCAGAUCUGGGAGAGGACGAAAAUUAAGUGGCGAUCAAAUAACUUUACCAACUACAGUUGAUUAUUCAUCAGUUCCUAAACAGACAGAUGUGGAAGAAUGGACUUCCUGGGAUGAGGAAGCGCCCACAAGCGUGAAGAUUGAAGGAGGGAAUGGGAACGUGGCAGGCCAGCAGAAUGCUUUGGAACAACUGGAACCUGACUACUUUAAAGACAUGACUCCAACGAUAAGGAAAACUCAGAAAAUCAUUAUUAAGAAGAGAGAGCCAUUAAAUUUUGGUAUCCCGGAUGGUAGCACAGGUUUCUCUAGUAGAUUAGCAGCUACACAAGAUAUGCCUUUUCUUCAUCAGUCUCCUGAAUUAGGUGACUUAGAUACCUGGCAGGAAAAUACCAAUGCAUGGGAAGAAGAAGAAGAUGCAGCCUGGCAAGCAGAAGAAGUUUUGAGGCAACAGAAGAUGGCAGACCGAGAAAAGAGAGCAGCAGAACAACAAAGGAAGAAAAUGGAAAAGGAAGCACAGCGGCUAAUGAAGAAAGAACAAAACAAAAUUGGGGUGAAACUUUCAUAACAAAUGUUCUUCAAAUGUCAUAGUGCCAGUAGGAGAAAUAUGAGCUCCAGCCCCAAGAAAUAUUUGUAUGGAUUUCAGAGUAUUUUCAGAAUACAAACAUCCUGCUUGGUUUUAAUGCACUUCAUCAGGCCAUCAGACCCUCUGAUUCUCUCAAAAUACCUUGAACUCAGUGAUUGAGACUUGAUAGUACAAAAAAAGACAGUCGAGACAAUAUUUUCUUUAAUGUGUUUCAACCUUAAGACAUUGUUAGCUAUAGAGAAAUUAUUACAGAUGUAAUAUGCCAGUACCUCAUCCAGCUAGUGUUUCUAGCCAAAUGGGUGUAAAUAAUUUAUGUUGGGAAAGAACUCUGCUGUCUAUAAUGCUUUCCUCCAAUGUGCAUAAUGAGAAAAUAAACAAUUUUAAAUAUU